CCGAGGAGCCUUCGCAACGCAGACCUUCGAAAAAUUCCAAGGCCUUUUGCAUACUCGAACACCGAGGGGGACGCUGGACAUCCAACCACGGGCGACCCGACCUUCAGAUCCCAUCAAAGCAGUUGACAGUCAUCUGUCCAAGUAUUCCCGCAAGCAUUACGCCAUCGGCGCGCUACUCUACCGGAAUUUUUCUGUCGCACGAUUUUAGCGUCACCUAGGGCUUGAUAUUCUCACAAACUCUGAUUGCCAUCCUUGUCUGUGGCCUGCAGCUUGAAGCAUACACAAUAUUUUGAGGAAUGGCUGAUCAAGGAUUGGAAGGCAGCCAACCAGUAGAUCUUAAAAAGCACCCUUCUGGGAUUGUGCCUACCCUUCAGAAUAUUGUUUCAACAGUCAAUUUGGACUGUAAGUUGGACCUUAAAGCAAUUGCACUUCAGGCUAGAAAUGCAGAGUACAAUCCCAAACGUUUUGCUGCUGUGAUUAUGAGGAUCAGGGAGCCUAAAACGACUGCACUCAUCUUCGCGUCUGGCAAGAUGGUUUGUACGGGAGCUAAGAGUGAGCAACAGUCUAAAUUGGCAGCACGGAAGUAUGCUCGAAUUAUCCAAAAACUUGGUUUCCCGGCUAAAUUCAAGGAUUUUAAGAUUCAGAACAUUGUUGGUUCUUGUGAUGUCAAGUUCCCAAUACGGCUCGAGGGUCUUGCAUAUUCUCAUGGUGCUUUCUCUAGUUAUGAACCAGAGCUGUUUCCAGGACUAAUUUAUCGGAUGAAGCAACCAAAGAUAGUCCUGCUUAUAUUCGUCUCUGGAAAAAUUGUUCUAACGGGAGCAAAGGUGAGGGAUGAAACUUACACAGCCUUUGAGAACAUUUAUCCUGUGCUCACUGAGUACAGGAAAAACCAGCAAUGAAAUUGGGGCAAAAGAAGAGGGAGCGAGGGGUUGAGUUGCUAAGAAUGUUGCUGAGCUCUGAUAUUUUUAUUUGGGAUGUUUGCUGUUUGCUAUUCAUGGCAGAUUACUGUCAGGAACAGCAAUGAGAUGAAUUGUGGCCGUGCAAAAGUCCUGACAAAUUUAUUUGAAUGGGUGGUGGAACUUGGUUGAGCUGUAAAUACUUAAAGAAGAUCACUGAGUGGGUGGUACACGCCAUUUGUCUUGUUCUGUCAGUUUCUCGAUGGGUUUUGAUGUAGAGAAGUGAGAAGCAUAUCGACUAAUGGCACAUUAGAGAAGAAAAAUGAUUUGGAUGAGGCAGGCAAAGAUUGUAGCAUAACAUGCUUAAAGGAGCACAACUUUUGUUCCUUUGAACAUUUAUCGGGUCUUGUGCUGUUCAUGUUUUGGUGGGGGCAUUUAAAUGCAUAUUCUUAGGUGUUUAGUAAAAUUCAAAUAUGAUGUUCAUAAACCUUGGCCACUUCACUUGAUGUGGUUACGUAAUUGUGUAAUCAACAUAUUUAACCUGAUCAAUUGCCGACUGGUUGAAAUGACUGCUGGCAACUGGCUAGAACUAGCGGACAAAGUGACUGAUUAUUAAUUUGUUUAUGAUUAGUGUUUGAACGCUUUUACGUA